GCCCGCGUUUUUCCUGGCGCCUGCCGCCUGGCCGCUCCAUCCUGGUUCGCAGUCUCGGCUGGAGCCGGCGCUCUGGAGGGAGGGUUCAAAUCCGCGCAAGGGAGCUGCAGUGCGCGAGGGGCGCGGACCCGCGCCAGCAUGAAGCAGCCGCCUGUGUCCCGGUGAACCUUCAUGGCCACAGCCCCAGGCCCUGCUGGCAUUGCCAUGGGCAGCGUGGGCAGCCUGUUGGAACGGCAGGACUUCUCCCCUGAAGAGCUACGGGCGGCACUUGCGGGGUCUCGGGGCUCCCGCCAGCCUGAUGGGCUCCUCCGGAAAGGCUUGGGCCAACGCGAGCUCCUCAGCUACCUGCACCUCCCCAAGAAGGACGGCAAGACCGCCAAGCGGGCCGCUCGGAACGAGCCUGCCGACUAUGCCACCCUCUACUACCGGGAACAUCCUCGGGCUGGUGACUUCAGCAAGACUUCGCUGCCUGAGCGGGGUCGUUUUGACAAGUGCCGCAUUCGUCCAUCAGUAUUCAAGCCAGCAGCGGGCACCGGGAAAGGCUUCCUGUCCAUGCAGAGCCUGGCUGCCCACAAGGGCCAGAAGCUGUGGCGCAGCAACGGCAGCCUGCACACGCUGGCCUGCCAGCCACCCCUGAGCCCGGGGCCCCGGGCCAGCCAGGCCCAGGCCCGCGCCCAGCUGCUGCACGCCCUCAGCCUGGAUGAGGGCGGCCCCGAGCCUGAGCCCAGUCUGUCUGACUCCUCCAGCGGGGGCAGCUUUGGCCGCAGUCCCAGCACCGGCCCCGGCCCCUUCAGCUCCUCCCUGGGCCACAUUAACCACCUCGGGGGCUCCCUGGACCGGGCCUCACGGGCUCCCAAGGAGGCUGGGCCGCUGUCUAUGCUGAGCUGCCUGCCUGAACCACCACCCCCCUACGAGUUCUCCUGCCCCACUGCCGAGGACAUGGUGGCUGUGCUGCCCGACCCCUGUGUGGAGCUCAAGAGAGGCUUCAGUGAUGAGGACGGCGCCAACCCCUUCACGCAGGUGCUGGAGGAGCGCCAGCGGCUGUGGCUGUCUGAGCUGAAGCGCCUGUACGUGGAGCGGUUGCAUGAGGUGACCCAGAAGGCCGAGCGUAGCGAGCGCAACCUCCAGCUCCAGCUGUUCAUAGCCCAGCAGGAGCAGCGGCGCCUACGCAAGGAGCUGCGGGCACAGCAGGGGCUGGGCCCGGAGCCCCGGCCUCCAGGUGCCCUCCCCGAGGCCGACCCCAGCACUCGACCCGAGGAGGAAGCCCGAUGGGAGGUGUGCCAGAAGAUGGCAGAGAUUAGUCUCCUGAAGCAGCAGCUGCGGGAGGCCCAGGCUGAGCUGGCGCAGAAGCUUGCUGAGAUCUUCAGCCUGAAGACACAACUUAGGGGCAGCCGGGCACAAGCCCAGGCCCAGGACGCAGAGCUGGCCCGGCUGCGCGAGGCCGUGCGGAGCCUUCAGGAGCAGUUCCCUCGGGAGGAGGCCCCAGGCAGCUGUGAGACCGAUGACUGCAAGAGCAGAGGGCUGCUGGGGGAGGCAGGAGGCGGUGAGGCCGGAGAUGGUGCCGAGCAGCUGCGGGCUGAGCUGCUGAAGGAGCGGCUCCGGGGCCAGGAGCAGGCGCUGCGAUUUGAGCAGGAGCGGCGGACGUGGCAGGAAGAGAAGGAGCGGGUGCUGCGCUACCAGCGGGAGAUCCAGGGGGGCUACAUGGACAUGUACCGCCGCAACCAGGCGCUGGAACAGGAGCUGCAAGCGCUGCGGGAGCCCCCUGCGCCCUGGAGCCCUCGGCUUGAGUCCUCCAAGAUCUGAGGCCGGCGGAGCGAGCUGACAGCAGAAGCCCUGUCAGAAGGUGGCUUGGACAAGCCCACCCUGAGACGGCAGCUGCUUCCUUGCAUUGGUCUGGGGCAGAACCUGCUAAGAGCAGCCAAAGAUGAAGAGGCUCGCCGAGAGGAGGGCUCCCGUGGGGCUGUGGGCUGGAUGGGGUGCCAACAGCAGGAGCCAGGGCAGCCCUGCUGGCUGAGGAGUACCCAGGCAGAGCUCAGCCCUGCUCCCUGGGGUAGGUGUGGCCCAGGUAAUGAGGUUUGGGAGUGAAGAGCCCCGGGAUGCCAAAGGGCCAGUGUGAGGGAGGAAGGCUGGGAUGGGAACAUUGGCCUCCCCAGAAUAAAAUCACAUUUUCUACGA